AUGUCUGCCACUACCUCCUCCUCCGCUGCAGCCACCUGCACCGGCAACGCCUGGGUCCUCCCUGUCCAGGACAUCGCCUGCGGUCUGACCUCCACCUCCGACAAGUACUCCGACAUCAUGGACAAGUGCUGCAAAGAUGCCAAGGUCGAGAGCUACAACGACGACUGCGGCCUCUACUGUCUCGCCCAGGGCCAGUCCGGCAGAGACCUGCUCGACUGCAUCAGCGACGAGGGCGCAAAGGACGGCGAUUUCUUCUGCGGCGGCGGAAACCUCACCCAUACUGCCUCUGCUGCUUUGCCUAGCAAGACGGCCAGCAGCAACGACGACGACAAUGAUAACGACAGUGACAGUGACAGCGAUAGUUCUGACGAUAAGGAUAACGCCGCCGUGCGCGCGCCCGCCGUGAACAAGGCAGGACUCGGUGUGUUGGCGAUGCUCUUCUGCACGGCAUUGCUUGGUUAUGCUGCGUGA